UCCCGGCGAUAGUGAAGCAGCGAUGCAUUCGUCGAGCCUUUUCUCUUUCGGCGCUCGUUAUCCAAUCAUAACCUGCCGCGUGUCACCUCCUGCCUCGACCACCGUCGUUUCUCUUCCUCUCCCGUCAAGCUCCUCUGACUCGCUAGCUUGCGCCCUCCAGUGCCCUCAUUUCCAAUCGUGCUCAGGUUGUACGCAUGAGCUCAAUCUUCAUCGUCCGGCUAUCGUAGACGAAGCUUCAGGCUUCUUCAAGCGUUACGGCGUCGAAGAUUUCACCUUCGAUAGUUGUAGACUGUGGGGAUGGAGGUGCCGAGCAAAAUUGGCCGUUCGUGGCUCCUCCGAUAAUGCAUUGAUCGGAUUGUACCAAGAGGGAACUCACACCGUUGUGGAUAUUCCUGAAUGUAAAGCUCAUCAUCCUAAUAUUAAUGCUGCCAUCGAGUUACUGAGAGAAGGUAUUAAGGUGUUCGAUGUUGUGCCAUUUGAUGAGGAUCAGGGCACUGGGGACCUACGAUAUGUUCAGAUGGCUGUUACGACGCACAGUACAUCACUUCGUGCCCCAGAGAGAUACAGAAAUGGAAAAGUGCAGGUGUCCUUGGUUUGGAACUCGAGAAAUGAGAAAUCUCAUAACGCAGAUAAGCUGCAAGCAUUGUCCAGCUACCUCUGGAGAAAGGGUGGACCCAAUAGCAAGUUUCACUUAAUCCAUUCCGUCUGGGCUAACUUCCAGACAUCAGCCAACAAUAUAAUCUUUGGAAACAGAUGGAGGCAUCUUUUAGGGGAGAGAGAUUUCUGGGAACACGUUGGAGGAAUUGACAUAUCCUUGGAUCCUUCCAGUUUUGGCCAAGCAAAUACACGGGCUUUUGACAGCUUGCUUUGGAAGCUGCAUAAAUAUGUUCCUGGUGGAUCAUCUGUUGCUGAUCUAUAUGCAGGAGCCGGAGUGAUUGGAUUAUCGUUAGCUACAUCGAAGAAAUGCAGUUCUGUCAAAUGCAUUGAGGUAAACAAAGAAGCGAGGCUGUCUUUUGAGAAAACAGUCCAGAGGUUGCCGAACUCUGUGAAUUGCAGCAUCACUUGGCACCAUGCAGAUGCUUCAGUUAACCCACUUUCGUGGAUUAUAGGGUCAGAUGUAGUUGUCGUAGAUCCUCCUAGGAGAGGUCUGGAUGCUUCUCUCCGUCAGAUUCUGGAGAUUGUCCCCUCUAUUGAGAAAAGAAUGAGGUCUUCAUCACAGAGUUCAAACUCGAACGCAAAAGAGGAGAAGAGGCCGUGGAUUUUAAGAGCAAGGGAACUUUCAGUUCAAGCUGGCAACAAGCUGACCCCUGAGGCGAAUAAUACUCUACCGCAAAAACUCAUUUAUAUUAGCUGUGGUUGGGAAAGCUUUAAGGAGGACUGCAAGUCGUUAUUAUCUAGCAAAGCGUGGGAACUGGAAAAAGCCCAUGGCUUCAACUUCUUUCCCGGAACUGACAGCAUCGAAGUUUUGGCCGUGUUUAAGAGAAGGGUUGUGAUGAAGAAAAAGAAGAAAUCGGGGAUAAAUAAAGUGGGAAUAAAGAAAGUGCGUGCUAAGUAGAGCCAUAAGGACCUUAUUAGAUAAUGUCUAUAACAGUUGAACUUCAUUAGUCCAGGAGACCAUCUAAUGGAUGAGAAAACAAUUUUGCUCUGUUCCUUUUGAUAAGGAGAUAUGGUUCCUCUCUUACUGUGAUUUUACAAGUAAAAAAGGAAGAGAAUCUGUG